AUGGUGCGCCCGCAGGACCAAAGCUGCCUCCGGGCGGAGCCGAAGGGCUGCGCUGCUCUGAAGGAUCGAUUCAGCUGCCUCAGCAGCAAGGAUGCCAGUGAGAAAGAGGAUGUUUUUGGUUUGAAGUGCAAGCCGGCUGACAAAGCUUCAAGGCUGUGCCACACUGGCGGCGUGAGUAUGUGCGAGCCGUUCGAUUUCUUGAUGCGUGGGGCGGGCAAGGACCAUGCGUUCGGAAGCUUUACAGCCUCCGGGGUCUUUGAGACACCAUCCUGCGAGGAAGGCCAGGCAGCUGUCUUUGCCCAAACAGACACCUGGUGGCAGCCAGAGCGCCCUCUGGAGGCUGAGAUUGCCGAGCUGAGCCCCGUGGUGGGUGGCUGUGCGUCCGUUCGGGACAUGGCAACAUGCCUGAGCAGCAAAGAUGGGAGUUCCAAUGCUACUUGGGGAUAUACUCCGUACAAGGUGCAGGGCGAGGCAUGUGUUUGGUGUGGUGGCGUGCCUUGCACGGAUGCCAGCACAUCACUGUGCAUGCCGUUUGACCUUGUGAUGAACGGACAGGGCCCACACCACGGAACCUUCUACGCCAAGCACUCGUUCAAGGUGGCAGCCAUCAAGGAUUCUGAGAAUGUGGUGGCCGCCGACAUCGACGUGCAGUGCCUCUCCCCCGACAACGCUGGCUGCAACACGCUCACCGAUGCCUUCAAGUGCCUGGCCAGCAUCGACGGGCGCCCCAACGCGACCAUCUUUGGCCGCAAGGUGAAAGGCCAGCCAUGCGUGUGGUGCAACGGAAGGAACUGCAACAACGAGGGCGGCCUUUGCGAAGCGUAUGACUUGCAGAUGAACGGCGAGGGCUAUGUCUUUGCAACAAGCUUCGACAAAAAUCCCAUGGUGGCUCAAUGUGAGGCCGGCAUGGUCAAAGCGCAUCCUCAUGUGCACUCGGCUGUCCUCAGUCUUCCUGAACCGAAGAUGGACAACUUGGGCUGCCUGACUGUUCAGCCCGCGGGAUGCAUGGCUAUUACCGACAAGCUGUCCUGCCUCAGCAGCGUCGAUGGCUCCGUGGACGCUUCUUUCGGAGGCUUCAAGAUCCGCGGGCAGCCUUGCGUGUGGUGCGGUGGCACGUCCUGCACAGAUGGUGGAAGCUUCAAGUGCGCGCCCUUUGAUUACCUCACCAAAGGGGCAACUAAGGUGUUCCCUCACGUGACCGCGGUGUCUGCAACCGUUGCCCAGUGCCAUGCCGAGAGCCGCAAGUUCCCGGAACAAGAGACGGCUUGCCUCAAGUCUGCGGAGACAGGCUGCAACAACAUUCGGGACAUGGCUACUUGCGUGAGCAGCAAGGAAGCUCGCCCCUACGAGUUCAUCGCAGGCUUCAAGGUCAAGGGUGAGCCUUGCGUUUGGUGCGGUGGCGGGAUUUGCAACACCGGAUCGCCGAACAUGUGCGAGCCAUACGAUUACGCCGUCAAUGGGGCAGGACAUGCCUUUGCUACACAGCUCAGCACCGGGCUGUACACCAGGGCAGCUUGUGACAAGGUGCGGAUGGACACCGUGAGAAUUGCAUCUGUUCGGCAUGUUCUGCUAAAGGAUGGCCAGCCGGGCCCUGUGCAGCUGCCAAGUCGUCUAGAGCAAGACUUGUGGCUUCUGCAAGGUCUUGGUGCCCUCGAUCAAGGAGCUCAGAAAUCAUGUCCCAGCAUGUCCCAGCACAGCGCAGACCCGCCACAGCUUCAGGAGAAGUUCGCCACUUGCCAGGAAUAUUGUAAUUCCCAAGGCACGCAGGGUGUGUCAGGGCUUGGCGUGCGAGGAGGGAAAGCAGUGGUGACAGGUGGCUUGCAGUGCAAAUCGGCCGCCUUUGGAGACAUUGGCAGCUGUGACGUGUGCCUCCGGCCGGUGUGCAAAGGUGCAACGGUGACAGUUCGGUGUGAGCAUGAAAUGCUGUGCCAGGAAGCAAUCGGCUUCCUGCGACACCGAGUUCCAGGUAACAAGCAGGCUCCGCUGAAGUUCGGUUUGAUACAUGGGCAUCUGCGAGGUGUAUGGGCACGCAAUUUGCGAGUGCGAGCCGCUGACCAACCAGUUCAAGGCUGUGAUCUGGAUGCUGUACUUACACGAUCGCUGUUCAUGCUUUCAGCGACGAGGACACCAACGCGGCGUUUGCUCAAGCACUUGCUGUGCCAGAGGCGGUUCGGGCACUUUUCAGUGGUAGGCAACCAAGCAGCAACCCACACGCUGCCAACCUUGCACACCUGGUCAGCUACGGGCUGCGGUUCCAUCACGGACAAGCUGGACUGCCUCAGCAGCAUGGACGGUAGCCCCAACGCCACCUACCGUAGCACGAAGAUUGCUGGGCAGCCUUGCGCCUGGUGCGGUGGAGUGGCUUGCACAUCUCACGAUCCGUUUGCGAAGUGCGUUGCACUGGACUUCCUCGUCAACGGACAGGGCCCGGCAUAUGCCACUCGCCACGUCACGCACCUCACUGUCGACGUUGCAGGCUGUGAUAAGGCACCAUCCACGAGAAACUUUGGCGAUGUCAGCUGCUUGAAGCGCGAAGAGAGUGGCUGCAACACCAUCAAGGAUCAAAAGACCUGCCUUUCCAGCGUUGAUGGCCGGCCAUACACCAUGGUUGCUGGACUCAAGGUGGAGGGUCAGCCGUGCGUGUGGUGCGGUGGACUGCCUUGCACUACCAACAAUGCCAACCUCUGUGAGCCCUACGAGUUCGCCACCCACGGUGAAGGACAUGCCUACGAUUUCAACCACGAGCAGAACUUCUUCACCGCAGCUUGUGAGGACAAGGGAUCCGGGGCCCAUCCGGUGCGGGAUAAGUGGGUCAGAUUCAAAACGCCCACAGGCAAGACGUGCGGCUUUUGCCAGGUCCUGGUGGCCCCGGAGGCUGCCACUUCCUACCUCACAUGCGAGAAGUACUGCCAGGCACAAAUACGGGAAAGGAGGGUUGGCCUGCAAGAAGGCUUUCCAGGGAAAUCUGCACAGCAGGGAGCUGAGAGGGCGGAGAUGAGCUGCACUGCAGAGUUCCCGAAGAACAUCGCUCCUGUGUGCGAAUGUGAUCUGCCAAUAAAGGAGUCUGUGCACGUGAUUGGUGCCGACGUGGCGGCGGCCUCAUCGGGGAAGGGUCAUAUUGAGAUGAAGGACCUGCAGUGCCUCUCCGCAGACAACGCCGGCUGCAACACGCCUGAGCUCACCGAUGCCUUCAAAUGCCUGGCCAGCGUCGACGGGCGCCCCGACGCGACUCUUGUCGGCCGCAAGGCUCUGCCAUGCCGGAAUUGCAACAGCGAGGGCCCACACUGCGAAGCUUAUGAUCUCCAGAUGAACGGCACCCUGGAAAGCAAGACCCGACUUGGCAUGUGGUUCCACAAUGUGCAGCCGCUCCGCGUCUUGCCGCUGAGGGUGGUGCGGUCAAAGCACAUCCUCAUGUGCACUCGGCUGUUCUGGAUCUUCCUGAACCGAAGACAAUCUGGGCUGCCUGACCGUGCAGGCAAGCAGAUUUUGCCGUGUGUUGGUUUUGACACACGUGUCGUGCCUGCUCAGUCGCGGGGAUGCAUGGCGAUUACCGACAAGCUGGCCUGCCUCAGCCUUGCACUUGGUGACCUCAGAGAUCGCUUGACGUCCUGCACGGAUGGUGGAAGCUUCAAGUGCGCGCCCUUUGAUUACCUCACCAAAGGGGCGACUAAGGCGGUGUCUGCAACCGUUGCCCAGUGCCAUGACAUGGAUACUUGCGUGAGCAGCAAGGAAGGCCGUCCCUACGAGUUCAUCGCAGGCUUCAAGGCCUCUUGCAUCCUCCUGCCUUCCAAUUGGCAGUGCAACAGCGGAUCGCCCAACCUGUGCGAGCCAUACGACUACGCCGUCAAUGGUGCAGGACGGAAGGCAGGAAAGGAGGAAAGCAAGGAUGGGAGGGAAACGAUGGAUGGGAAAGGACUGGGAGAUCACAAUGUGCAGAAGGCUUGCAGCGCACGACAUCAUGUGAUCCACAAGAACUUCAUCAAGAACAAUAUGACACGCUUUCCAUACGCAGCUCAGCAGCUCGGCUGGAGCACAGUUUGCCCCGCGCUCUAUUCCAGGGCAUCAUGUGACAAGGUGCGAAUUCAGUGCUGCGGACAUGCGAGGCACAUGGCUACCAUCAAACGGUUCGACAGCCCAGAUGUGCUUAGAGCCCUGCUGCAGCUUCAGGAGCAGUUCGCCAGCUGCACAGAAUACUGUGGCUCCCAAGGCGCAGGGGUGAGCCUGCGGGAGGAGGCAUAUGCCGGUCUACCCAACGAUCGGCAGCAAAACGGUGGUGACAGGAAGCAAGCGGCUUCCUGCGACACCGAGUUCCAGGUGUACGGGCACGCCAUCUGCGAGUGCGAGCCGGCUUCGAUGGACACGGUCAAGGCCGUGACCUGGAUGCCGUACACAAUCGCUGUUCUUUGGGACGCUGACAAGGAGACUAACGAGCAGUUUUCCCAAGCGGUCGCAGCGGGCGCUCAGCACGAGGUGCAACUGGCACGCCUUUAA